AUGGAAUUCUACCCUGAAAGAUGUGCCGAAUUACACAACGCACUCUUACAAAAAGCCAUCGAACAUGAUCAAUCGGCCGUGACGGAGACAACCCUUAUCACGCGGCUCCUAGAAGCCGCGCCCCAGCUCUCCGGGAUCCCAGGCCUGCGGGACCUGCCAGCCUACCGCUUCCUCUCGCUCCUCAAGACCACCCGAUCGCGCCCACAGCAAGGCCCUGGUCUACUGACGCCGCAGAUGUACCAGCCAGACCCGUUCCUGUUCUGGAGCGAGACGUUCAGCGUGUGUGACCGCCCGGAGCUCGUUCUGCUCUACGGGCAGAACAACGCCGGCUCGCCCGCGGACGGUGGCCUAUUCCUCAACCUGCGGACAUGCAGAGCCAUCUGGCACUGGGAGCCUGGCCCGUUCCCUGAUGACGAGCAGUGGGUGUCUCUCGAGAUCGUGCUGAGCAAUGCGCUUGCCAAGUGGGAUUCGGGCAAGUACCAUUGGGAUGUCACCCUAGGUUCUAUCUGCGUGCGUUCCUGGACCCAGACAGAUCUGUCUGAGGCACUUGCGGCCUGGGAGCGGCUGCUCUGCGGCAUCGAGGCACGCCUCCCUGAGUCUGUGCACAAACCUCAGAGACAUGAGCCUCUGGAGAUCAGUCAAGAGAUGAUGUCUGCUUUCCGAGUCAGUCGGUUCGUAGGGGAGUUUCUCUCGCGAGCGCCAAGGCCAGGAUUCAUGUUUGUAGCCCCAGGAAUCACAACGUUCUCCGCCGAGGCAUUGCAAAGUAUCUACGCCUCUGAAGACCCAGCUUCCUUCCGGCGAUCUACCUUGUUGGGUCAGGAAGACCCAGAUGACCUGGAGUGGGCAAGCCUCCUCCUUCCCACACACCAGUCAGUGGACCAAGGCACUUCGCGCCACGCGAAUUCUGGCAUACAGUCGUUCGAUAAGCCUUGGGGCCUGGGCAAGUUCACAGUCAACCGGCAGGCAGGGCUGUACGUGAUCCCCGAGGCGACGGAGUCGGAUACCGUGCAACUGAUCACCCCUUCUGGACUGACAACAGCAGGAGAAUUCAGAGGCCGCUGUCCGUGGGGUGAGAACCGUCCUCCGAGGCUUGCCGAGAUCUUUGGUCACUGGGCGUCGCUUGUAGAGAACGGCACGUGGGCUGUGGCAGCGGAUGGAGUGGCAGAGGACCACAACUGGUUCGACAGGCACGCGAUGGACGCAAAGCUUGACUGGCACGAUCACCUCAUUUAG